GCGACUAACAACCUUCCCCGUACCCUCCACCUGCAUGUCGUAGACGUCCCUGGCCCUUGCCUCCCCUGCAGGGCACGCGCCUUGCUGCUCGUCUCCUGGCUUCAUCUAGGGCUGUGCUCCUACCAACUGGCCGUGUCUUGCUUAGCCUCCCUGCCGUUGUGCUCGUACGCGCCCGCGCCUAUAUACCAAUACCACUUGCUAUCGCAAUAGGAUUUAUUUCGUUGUCGCACCACUGCUGUCUCUUUCGCUGUGCUUGCUUGCUUCCAGUGACUCUCCAUUACACUUCUCAGGGUCCCAAAGUGUCUCAAUGACUGCUUUAUUUCUCUUUACUUCAGUACUAGACCACCACCGCGAUGCAGCUUAAACCGUACAGCCUGCAGGGGAGAGUGGACGGGUUAGAGCCUCUAGACCACAUGCCGUUUCCCCCGCCUUUCGCGCAGACACCCAAGACGCCCAGGCGAGUGCCGGUUGGGUUCGAAGAUCUGAAUGACACGCCCACAUCCGAGUCCUGGUCUCUGCCUUCCACCCCCUUUCUCGCAGAGCCUGUUAUACCAAGUGACCAACCCGUGAGCGAUAACGCCGCCGGGAACGUCAGGGCGAUGUCAGUUUGUACCCAAGACGGUCCCGGCGCCCCUGCGAUGAAGGACAUGGACUCGUUCAGCCAGGGCACUGGCCAGGGGAGUUUCGAAUUCAGCUUGAAGGACGGGUACGACGACUUUGAGCGGCCGUCCUCGGUGGCGUACAAUCCUGCUCAUCCCGAGAUCUCCAUCGAGAACUGGAGACGGGAUGUGUCCGCCAACCUUGAUGGCACAACGCCUGUUGGGCCGUCUCGCAUCCCUGUCCAGAACACGCCUGCGUUGCGACCCAAGCGCGGCCAUUCGUCGUCGGGGAGCGACUUCUCUGUCGGCUCGGCUGGCGGGGAUGCUUGCUCGGACAACAUGCACUGGCGGAAGCAUAAGCAUAACGAGGGCAAGAGACGCCGUCUCGUGCAGAACGAGCUGCCCGUUAUCCAGGAGGGCUUCUCCAACGAGAUGAGCCAGUGGGAGCCCAGCGACUGCUACUGGUUCCGCUGCGACGUCCCAGGUAAUUGUCGCUGUUAAAUUUGAGAUGAACAUUAGUCCAGACAACCAUGCAAUACUUGAACUAUACCAGUAUGUCUCCGCCAAUAUGUAUUUUCACUAUCUAUCCCAUCGUAGUCCACGAACGUCCCCCGUAGUAUAUGGAACAUCGCUAAUUGAUGUCACUCACUGUCCCCAAGCUCAUUCCAGCCUGAACACCCCCUUCCUCCCCCCCCCCCC